AUGGAGGUACGAAAAGGGUGGAGGGAACACCAUUUCAAUCAAUUCGUCAGUGAUUUGAUUCCACUCGAUCGAAAGCUUCCUGAUUUUAGAGAUACAAGGUGUCCUCAAAUUUUCUCAAGAAGUUUGCCAAAAGCAUCAGUAAUUAUAACUUUCCACAACGAAGCGUGGUCUACUUUACUGAGAACUGUACAUUCUGUGAUCAAUAGAACACCUGAGCAUCUGCUAGAGAAGAUCAUACUAGUUGAUGAUGGUUCCACAAUGCCUCACCUUAAAGACCGUCUUGGGGAAUAUAUUGGAGUGCUGGCAAAAGUUACUCUGAUACGGACGACGCGACGAGAGGGACUGAUAAGAGCUCGCAUUUUGGGCACCAAACACGUCGACUCGCCCGUUGUAAUUUUUCUCGACAGUCAUUGCGAGUGUACUGAAGGUUGGCUUGAACCUUUGCUUGAAAGGAUAGCAGAAGAUUUUACUAUCGUUGUCAGUCCAACGAUAGACCACAUAGAUGCUAAUACAUUUGAAUACAUAGCUCAAAAAUACGUACAAAUCGGUGGUUUCAAUUGGGACCUAAAAUUUAUUUGGAGGCAUAUACCGAAACAUAAAUUUCAAGGGAACGAAUAUAAGCCUAUAACUACACCUGCCAUAGCUGGGGGAUUAUUUGCCAUUAGUCUUGAAUUCUUUAAAAAGAUCGGUUACUACGACGAUUCCUUUGAAAUUUGGGGAGCUGAAAAUUUGGAAUUGUCAUUCAAAACGUGGAUGUGCGGUGGGUCUAUGGAAAUAGUGCCGUGUUCACACGUGGGACACGUUUUCAGAAAAUCUUUUCCAUACAAAACGGGAAGAUCGAUGCUCAAGAAUUAUUUGCGCUUAGCAGAGGUAUGGAUGGACGAUUACGCGAAAUACUUUUACCAAAGAAUUGGUGACCUCAGGGAAGAUUUUGGCGAUGUGUCGGAACGAAAAGAACUUCGGGAGAAACUACAAUGCAAGUCUUUUGAAUGGUAUUUGAAAAAUGUUUACCCUGAACUGGAAAUACAUACGAAUGUGCUACAGUAUGGACAAAUACAUGACACGCGUGGGAUUUGUUUGGACUCCUCAGUAAGGCCUAUGGAUAUGCUUGGUACCGUUGAUCCUAAGCCCUGUCAUGGACACGGCGGUAACCAGUUCUGGCAAUAUACCACCGAUCGUAGAAUCAAGCGAGACGACAAAUGUUUGGACUAUAGUUUUGAUGCGCUCCUACUCACAAAUUGUAGAGUAAACGCCGAGACACAGAAGUGGAUUUUUGAAAAUAAGACGAAGCACCUACGACACGUUUUAACGAAGAAUUGUCUGAAGAACGCCUAUUUUAACGACAGUCGUCGAAUAACAGUGGACAAAUGCUACGAGGAACAGUCACAAGUUUGGAUUAUAAGCUAG